UCGUUCCUCUACACUGUGCGCCAAAAUCACCAAAUUAACGGUCCCUAACAACCUCUCUAACACUCUCUUUCUCCACUACAAAAAAUCUCAAAACUCCAUUGUUACAAACUCCAUGAUCUCCUACGACGCACCCACAUCAAUCAUCUUCAACCCUCUUUCUCUCCCCUUCAAUUCAAACCCUAAUUCCCAAUUUCCCUCCAAAAACUACACUUUCUUCGCGCGAAACGUUUCAAUUGACAGUAACAAUGACCUGAAAUUGAACCCUAGAUGUUGCAGGAAACAGGGGAGAGUAAUUACGAAUGCUUAUGCAGUCAAUGGAGGAUUUGAGAGAGCAGGGAAUAGAGAUGUUGUUGAAGAACAGCAUCAGCAGGAGAGAGAAAUUUGGGAUAGAAAAGUUAAUUGUGAGGUUGAAGUGAUUUCAUGGAGAGAACGUCGGAUUAAGGCUGAGAUUUCUGUCAAUGCUGAUGUCGAAUCGGUUUGGAAUGCUCUCACUGAUUAUGAACGCCUCGCUGAAUUCGUUCCUAAUCUUGUUUGUAGUGGAAGAAUUCCUUGUCCAUAUCCUGGUAGACUAUGGUUAGAGCAAAGAGGCUUCCAGAGGGCAUUAUAUUGGCAUAUUGAGGCUCGUGUGGUCUUGGAUCUCCAAGAAUUUCCGAAUUCUACAAAUGAUCGUGAACUCCACUUCUCCAUGGUGGACGGAGACUUUAAGAAGUUUGAAGGGAAAUGGUCGAUGAAAUCAAAGAGAAGGUCUUCAUCAACAAUACUAUCUUACGAGGUCAAUGUCAUACCAAAAUUCAACUUCCCUGCAAUUUUUUUGGAGAGGAUUAUUCGAUCAGACCUGCCAGUGAAUCUCCGAUCCUUGGCUGGCAGAGCUGAGAGCAUUUUAGAAGGGAGUCAAAAGAUGCCUAUCUCAGUUAGCUCAAAACCUGAGACUUCUGUAAAUUCUGGCAGCACAAGUGUGUCCAGUACUUUGAAGGAGAAAGAUAUGUCUACUGGAGAGCUGAAUAAGAAUUCUUCCAGUUCCAGUCUUGAGACCUUGUCCCAAGCACCUACUGAGUUGAAUAGUACCUGGGGAAUAUAUGGUAAAGUAUGUAGGCUCGACAAGCCCUGCUUGGUGGAUGAGAUUCACCUCCGUAGAUUUGAUGGUCUAUUGGAAAAUGGUGGCGUUCACCGCUGCGUUAUUGCUAGCAUUACAGUAAAAGCUCCUGUUCGUGUAGUCUGGGAUGUUUUAACUGCUUAUGAAAGUCUUCCAGAAAUUGUUCCAAAUUUGGCAAUCAGCAAAGUUUUAUCGCGAGACAACAAUAAAGUUCGCAUCCUCCAGGAAGGAUGCAAGGGUCUUUUAUAUAUGGUACUCCAUGCACGGAUUGUCAUGGACUUGUGUGAACAGCUUGAGCGAGAGAUUAGCUUUGAGCAGGUUGAGGGGGAUUUUGACUCCUUUCAAGGCAGAUGGCAGUUUGAGCAGCUUGGGAACCAUCACACAUUGCUGAAAUACUCUGUUGAGUCAAAAAUGCGCAGAGAUACCUUUCUUUCAGAAUCAAUAAUGGAAGAGGUCAUAUAUGAGGAUCUGCCAUCAAACUUAUGUGCCAUUCGAGACUACAUCGAGAAGAGGACAGGAACACAUUCUGAUGAAUAUGAUGAACCACAUAUAGAGCUGCAGAAGGAUGAAACUUACCAAGAGCAUUCUACCAAAUCAGUUAAUGAAACCAACAUUAAUCAGAGAAGUGUGGAGGAUAAGUCCAGCAGUGGAGGUUCAAGUCCCAUAAAACAAAGGCCUAGAGUGGCUGGCUUGCAACAGAAUAUUGAAGUUCUUAAGUCUGAGCUCCUGAAAUUUGUUUCUGAGCAUGGGCAGGAAGGCUUCAUGCCCAUGAGGAAGCAACUCCGUUCUCAUGGCCGGGUUGACAUUGAGAAGGCAAUCAACCGGAUGGGUGGGUUUAGGAGGAUUGCAACAUUGAUGAACUUGUCUCUUGCUUACAAACACCGGAAACCCAAAGGUUAUUGGGACAAUCUUGAAAAUCUGCAAGAUGAGAUUAAUCGAUUUCAGAAAAACUGGGGGAUGGAUCCAUCAUAUAUGCCUAGCAGAAAAGCAUUUGAGCGCGCAGGACGCUAUGACAUUGCUCGUGCCCUCGAAAAAUGGGGCGGCCUACAUGAAGUAUCCCGCCUUUUAUCACUUAAAUUGAGGCACCCCAACAGGCAACAGGCAAAUAUUUCUGGCGAGAAGAAAAUUGAUUUUGCUUCAUCUGAUAGUGUAGAAAACAAAGAAAAGGCACCAUGUAAACCUACUGCUUCUGUGAAUACUCAAAAAUGGCUUACAGAACUGAAUGAUUUAGACAUAAAUUGGGUUGAAUAAAUAUAAGAACACAUACACUUCUGGUAUCA